AUGAAAGAAAUUUUAUUUAAUUUAUAUAAUAAUAAAAUAUAUUAUAAUAUAAAUUUUUUUAAUAAAUUUUGUAUUAUUUAUAUAAAAAAAAAUUAUUUAACUAAAUUUAAUGUAAAAUAUUUUAUUGAAAAUAUAUUUGAUAAAAAUUAUAAAAUUAAAAAAAUUAAUAUUAUUAAUAAAAAAAAUUUUAAAAAAUAUUAUAUUUUUUUUAAAUAG